AUGCUAAUACCGAAUUACGAUAAAACAACAACAUCCUCCGACCCAAACUACGAGGGUGAACUGGAAAACGGGAAAAAGGACGGAAAAGGCGUUUACACCUGGCCCGACGGUCGCCGGUACGAGGGACAAUGGAAAGACGACAAGCAGAACGGAAAAGGCGUUUACACCUGGCCGGACGGUCGCCGGUACGAGGGAAACUGGAAAGACGACGUGAAAGAUGGAAAUGGUAUCGAAACUUUGACCGACGGCGAACGGUACGAGGGAGAAUGGAAGGAUGAUAAGAAGAACGGAAAAGGCGUUCAGAAUUCGCCUGACGGUACGCAGUUCGAGGGAGAUUGGAAAGAUGGCAAGAAGAACGGAAAGGGCGUUUACACCUGGCCCGAUGGUCGCCGGUACGACGGAGAAUGGAAAGAUGACAAGCAGGACGAAAAAGGCGUUUACAUCGCGCCCGACGGCCGCCGAUACCAGGGAGACUUGAAAGGUGGCCUGAAAGACGGAAGUGGUACCGAAACCUUGGUCGACGGCGAGCGGUACGAGGGAAAAUGGAAGGAUGAUAAGAAGAACGGAACAGGCGUUCAGACCUGGGCUACCGGCGAUCGAUACGACGGAGAAUGGAAAGAUGGCAACAGGCACGGAAAAGGCGUUCAGAUUUGGGCUAACGGCGAUCGAUACGACGGAGAAUGGAAAGAUGGUAAGAAGAACGGACAAGGCGUUCAGGCCUGGUCCGACGGCGAUCGAUACGACGGAGAAUGGAAAGAUGGCAACAGGCACGGAAAAGGCGUUUUCGUCUGGUCCGACGGCGAUCGGUACGAGGGAGCAUGGAAAGAUGGCAAUAGGAACGGAAAAGGCGUUUUCAGCUACUCCGACGGCGGCCGAUAUGAAGGAGAAUGGACAAAUAGCAAGGAGAACGGAAGAGGCGUUCAGACUUGGCCCAACGUUCUAACAGCUUAUCCAUAUUCAUGA